AUGCUUGUCCCAAAAAAAACCAAAAAUACUGAGCGUGGCUUUGGUUUAGAAAUUGAGGCGGAGUACAUGUCGUUCAAAAACUCAAAGAACCAAACAGCGGAUGGUUUCUUGAAUCACUAUGAGAAUGAAACACCUGUAGCCGAUUUGGUUUAUUCGUUCGACUGGGCAUCUACACCUCUUGGUGCUAUGGACACAUGGUCCACUUCGUUGAGGGCGAAUGUGGAUUUAAUCAUGCACGCCGUAUUUCCAAUGGCAAUAUAUUAUGGACCGGAACACACGCUCAUUUAUAACCAGAUGUGGCGGCCGAUUAUAAAAAUGAAACACCCUGCUUUGGGUAAAACGGUAAAUGAAGUUUGGCCUGAAAUAACUGACAUAGUUAACGAGAUAUUUAACAAUGUCUAUGCAACGAAAAAAGGCCGUUUCCAUGAGGAUCUACUAUAUUACCUGAAUCGAGAUGGAUACUUGGAAGAAACAUACUUUUCAUUCACGUUUAGCCCUAUCUUCAAGGAAGAUGGAUCAAUCGGUGGCGUGUUUAAUUGUGUUCAAGAGACGACAAAACGUGUUGUUAUGACUCGACAAAUAAAAGCAUUGGGCGAGUUGGGACAUCAGACUCCUGGUGCAAAAUCCAUGGAAGACGCCUGUCACCUAGUAACUUCAACUCUUCGCGAACAUAAUGACGAUAUUCCAUACGCGUUAAUAUAUCUUAUAGAGGACAACAACACAGAACAAUACCAAAGACAUUUUGCGCGUCUGGUUGCCACCACAUUCGAUGAGAAUUUGAACCGUCAAAUUCACGAGAAUGGAGUCGAAGAAAUGAAAUUUGUGAACGGCCAUUCGUCAAGAAAAUUACCUGAUUUCCUACCAAAUACACAAAAUCUCGUUGAUAUUACCGCUACUAUAAAUAAAUCAAAAUCAAUUUUUAAGAAAAGUUCCAAUAUUUGUAGUAAUAGUGAUAUCAAUGGAGAAAUUUCCUUUUCAUUACCAUCGCAUCAUAUGGACAGCAAUAUAAAUAAUGACAAUACCAUAUCUACAUCACAAAAUCAAUCGUGGCCCAUCCAUCAAGUAAUUCAAACUAAAUCUCAUGUUAUAGUUACCCUCGCUGAUGGUUCCCAGGCAAUCCUGCUUCCUGUGUCGACGACUAUCGGUGGAAAAAGUGUAUUAACGGCUGUUUUAAUAUGUGGCCUUAACAAACACCGUAAACUUAAUGAUACUUAUAUGGAAUUUUUGCAGCUCGUCGUUGGUCAUGUCGGCACUGGUUUGACUCACGGACAAUCUCGUGAAGAGGAAAGACGACAAACGGAAUUGUUGGCUGAUCUUAAUCGUCAAAAGAUCAUGUUCUUUCAAAAUAUUUCCCAUGAGCUACGAACCCCUUUAACACUCAUGUUAGCCCCACUUGAUGAUGCAAUUGCUGCAUGUUCUGAACCUUCGCCAAUUCUUCAAGAUCUAGAAAUGAUAAGACGUAAUGCACGACGUUUGCUGAAACUAGUCAAUACUUUAUUACAAUUUUCGCAAAUUGAAGCUGGCCGUCUAGAAGCUUGCUUCUGCGAAACAAACAUUGCGAAACACACUCUUGAACUGGUGUCAAGUUUUGAGAGCUUGGCGAAAUCAUUCAAACUGAACUUCACUAUCAAUAUACCGAACCCUCAAGAAUUUGAAAAACAAUUGAAGAAAAAGACGUUUUUGGAUGUUGACUUAUAUGAAAAAAUUGUAUUUAAUCUUUGUUCUAAUGCAUUCAAAUAUACUUGGCAUGGAGGUGUCACUGUUCGUCUAUAUCGAGAGAUCAGAGAAUCAAAAGAGGUGGUCGUCUUUGAGGUGGAAGAUACCGGGGUUGGCAUUUCACCUGAGCAUCUACCAAACCUCUUCCAACGUUUUUACAGAAUAGAAUCACAUCAAGCACGUAGUCACGAAGGAACCGGUAUCGGUCUUGCUUUAGUAAAGGAGUUAGCAAAUCGACAUGGUGGCGACAUCGAAGUGGAAUCACACGUCGACGUCGGUAGCAAAUUCAGGGUCUGGAUUCCGACCGGCUAUGAACACUUACCUCGCAAAAAUAUCUGCCUUGAAACUAAAGAUGGUGUUUGUCUCAACCGCGUAGAACAAAUGUAUACUAAUGGUGAUUUAUAUUUAGAGGAAGGUAAACAGUGGAUUCAAGAGAGACCUGUGCAACAACAUAAUAGUCCAUUGGAUGAGCAAACGACAAUCGAAUCAUUACGGUCGUUGAAUAUUGCGUCACCUCUUUUGGAAGGUAGACUUGCCGCAACGUCUAGCGAAACUCGUGCUUCGCCACCAGUUUUGUCUGAUGAAAAGUGUGUUGCCGAUUCGGACAAGCUAGCGUUCGUUCUUGUUGUCGAUGAUAAUAGUGAUAUGAGAAACUACCUCUCCAAUGUUCUAAAAACCGAAUUCGAAGUUCGCUGUGCUACCGAUGGACGUGAUGCGCUUAGAAUAAUGCAAGAUGAACCUAGACGUCCGGAUCUUGUGUUAAGUGAUAUAAUGAUGCCAAAUAUGGACGGAUUUGCGUUAUUAACUUUUCUUCGAUCUAAUCCGGUCACACAAUUGAUUCCUGUGAUUUUGUUAUCAGCUCGUGCUGGUGAGGAGGCUAGUAUUGAAGGAUUAGGAAAAGGUGCAGAUGAUUAUCUAAUCAAGCCAUUCAAUGCUCGAGAAUUAAUCGCACGUGUCCGCGUCAACAUCGAACUCUCAAGACUACGUCAUGAACUGAUUAUACAACAAAGACGACAAACCGAGACAAAACAAAUCUUAUUCUCAAUCAGCAGCAAAAUUCGGUCCGGGCUUAAUAUUCAAGGAAUUCUCUCAACAGCCGUCAUGGAAAUUCAUCGCAUUCUUGCAUGUGAUUCGUUAUUGGUACUUUGUUGUGAUCCGAUGAAUAAAGGAGUCGCGAAAAUCAUGGCCGCAUCUUCUUCCUCACGAGAUAUACAAUUGUUGAUUGGGACACAAGUACCAUGUAGAGCGAUUGAUGAUACUCAAGACGCGUGGGUUGAUCAAUUGGACGUAUUACCACCUCUAGAUACCACAAAUAAAUUUUCUUUCCCUCUUUCACAUAAUGAUUCAAAUUCCAUCACCACAAGUAUCGGGACCACAGUUCCCAGAAGGUUAGCAUUCUUGGAUACAAUAGAUAAUGACAUCGAAUAUUUGGACUUGGAGAUCGAGUGUCGCACAAAUGACUUUUCUCAAGUCGUCAAUAAAACGGUUUCCUCGAUGUCAGUUGCAAUUCGCUUAAACUCUUCAUUCUGGGGCUGGAUUAUCGCCUAUCGAAAACCAAAUGAGAAAUGGACAGAUUCCGAACAAAUGUUUAUGCAACAAAUUUCGAAUCAAAUUAGCUUGGCGAUCACACAUUCUAAACUCAUGGAAGAGAAAAUGAAACGUGAGGCACAAAUGGAGGCAGCUAAAGCGGCUAAUGAGGCAAAGAGUCAAAUUUUGGCAAAUACUUCUCAUGAAUUACGAACACCGCUAGGUGCAAUUAUCGGAGUCCUCUCAGCAUUCGAAGACUCACCACUUACCCCUGAUCAAAAAGACAUGGUUAACAUUAUGACUCGUGCUUCUGAUGUUGUACUUUCGGUAGUCAACGAUAUCUUAGACGCGGCGAAACUUGAAGCCCAAAAAAUCACUUUAAUGAAUCGUACAUUUGAUCUUUUCGAUCUGGUCGAGAAAACCAUAGAAAUUUUCGGUGAACGCGCAGGCACAAAACAAAUCGAAUUAGUAUUACUUUUUGAGCCGACUGAAUUGCCAAAAUAUGUGAAAUCUGAUCCGGAAAGAUUACAACAGGUUUUGAUGAAUUUAUUGUCGAAUUCCGUAAAGUUCACCGAGUCGGGAGAAAUUGUAUUGAAAAUCUCGUUGGCUUCGUCGGAUACUCAUCAAGUGACUGAAGAUGGUGAAACAGGUACAUGGAAGACUGGCACCUUACUCAUCGAAUUGACUGAUACUGGCAUCGGAAUUGAUCCAGCAUUUAUGAAAGACAUCUGGGAAAGUUUCUCACAAGGAGAUCCUUCAAUGACCAGACGUCAAGAUGGCACCGGUUUAGGUCUCUCAAUUUGUAAACAUUUAGUGACAAUUAAUGGAGGUGAUCUGGGCGUACAAAGUGAACUGGGCAAAGGCAGUCGAUUCUGGUUUACUUGGAAUAUCGAACCUCUUUCUCUCGCAGCCGCCCCAUUGACCUCACCACCUCAACUCAAUUCAUCCGAUGUUGGAACGAGUGCGCAACAAGCAGCGUUUGUAGUACCUGCACAUGUGCAUUCAAAGCGUGUCUUUGUUGUUGAUUCAGUUGAAACAGCACGAUCGGCUAUUACAACAAUGCUAAAUGCGAGUGUUGAACAAGUAACAACUUUUGAUGAUUGCGAGCAAGCAUUAACCGCCGCAAAAUCGAUACUUAAUCAAUUCAAUCGAAUACCAUGUGAUGUGAUAUUCUUCAACGUGACUAAAGAGAAUUCCGAAAAGGUUGAAAAAACCGCAAAAGAAUUCCAAGAACUAUGCGGGGGAAAAGACAAUAUCUCUAUUGGCCUAAUGAUAUUUUGGUCCGGCGUUGGUCGUGCACUUGGCAAAGAAAUGAUACAUCGUAUUGGAGGUCACGUCGCGGCUCUUUGCAAACCUAUUAUGCAGCGUCGUCUACUGGAUUGCUUGCAGAACACUGAAAUCUUUAGGUCAUCAGAAUCGUCAGAACCAAAAACUGCUACAUUUGCUAUUAAUCGGUUCCGAAUCGAGGAUUAUUAUCAUCACAAUAGGCCAAAUUCCGAACGUAAUCAUCGGGAACCUUCAAUAAUUCGAAAGUCGAGUCUUGGCGAAGAUGAGAUAAUGGUUACCACCUCCACUACCACUAAAGGAAAUGAUAUUGAAGAAUAUAUUGCUGCUAACAAUAAAAAUAUUCUUAACAACAAAACGAUAUGUGAAAAGUCUAGCAGAACCGUAUCCACUGGUGACAUUACAAAUGAUAAUUCAAGACUUCGGCCUCUGAAUAAAAGAUCAGCUUCAAGCGAGUAUGAUGAAGAGAGAGAAUCUAAUACUAAGUCGAGGACACGUAUCGUGUCUCCAACAAAAUGUGUGUUAUGUGUCGAAGAUAAUCCUAUCAAUAUGAGGGUUCUUCAACACCAACUUUCAAAACUCGGAUACCAAACUUUAUCGGCUACAAACGGCCUCGAAGCUGUGAAUCUAGUAAAAGCUGAACUUGAAGCUUCUCAGCAAGACGGGACAACACACAAAACACGUGUAUCAUUGAUAUUAAUGGAUUGCGCAAUGCCAGUAAUGUCUGGUUUUGACGCAUCACGUGAAAUCCGUUCAAUGGGAAUAACAUCCUCGGAGAUUCCAAUUAUUGCAUUGACUGCCUAUGCUGUUGAAGGCACUCGUGAAAAGUGUCUCGAUAGUGGCAUGAGUGAUUAUCUCACGAAACCGUUGAAAGUACCUGAACUUCGUGAAAAAUUGAUCCAGUGGCUGGGCAAUGAUUUUUCAUCAACAAACUAA